CUUCAGCAACGUAUUGGGAUAGAAAUUCAGCAGCAAUUGAAUAAAAAUACUACAUAAUAAGGAACAGAUAUCGGAUAGGUUGGUCUAAUGCCUUGCUCUCAAUCAAAAGGAAAUUUAAAUCACGAUAUUUUUCCUCUAAUAAAUUCAAAGAGGAGAAAAAGCAAAAAUAAAGUGUUUUUCAAGAUGCUUCUAGUUCAUUCAUGGUUAUACCGCUUACGUUGAAAUUCUAAAGGAACCAAAGACGUGAAAAUAUGCGUUGGAUUUCUUGCAAACGAACAGCUACGAAGGGACUUCAAAAUCAGGUUCCUGGAAUAACUACGACUGUAUGUAGUGAACAAGGUAAUAAAACUCCGAACCACCCCGCCGUCCUAUACGUCGUUUCUUUAUCGUCAUUGUAUCGACGGCGCCAACCGAAUAAUCUCGUCUGGAACUGGAACUUCGUCUUCAACAGUCAACAUUUCGUAUUUGCUGCGUUAGCGUUAUUCUUAUCUUACAUUCGAUACAGAUUAGCUCGCUGGAAACUAAACUACUCAGCGAUCUUUUAGUUUAUUUCUUCGUGUACUGUUCUUCUAAUUACGACGUAUGUUCGAGUUAUUUCGCGAUGGGUGUUCGAGGUUUGCAAACGUUCAUGGAGAAGUAUUGUCCAACAGCUUGUUAUCCGGUCUACUUGUCAGAUCUAGCUGAAAAAUACAAAAUUGAAACUGGAAACGAUGCUGUGAUCGUUGUGGACACACAAUCGUGUUACUUCACUUGGAGCAAAGGAUUAGAUUCGAUCGUUGGACUCGACGUACAAGAAUUAUUCCAUCGUAUACGAAAGUUCGUCACUUCAUUCGAGGAAAUUGGCGUCAAAUUGGUGUUCUUCAUCGGUGGCUUGAACGUUGAAAAGAAACGUAAAGAAUGGUUGCGUCGUCAGCGAAAUAAUUUACGCAAGGUGUACGCAGGAUUUGAUUUCCUCGAAGAAGGAACUGUUACCAAAAAUGUACCGGAAGAACACAACAGGCUGCCUCCUGCGGUGGGAGUAUUUGUAUCGUUGUUUUUGAAACACAUUUUGAACUGUGAAGUUUAUUGUACGAUAAAGGAAUGCGACGAAGAGAUCGUUGAAUACGUCCAUAAACACGAAUGUAUUGGUAUCUUCGCCCAAGAUUCGGAUUUUAUUGUCAGUGAUAUCCGACAAUCCAUUGUAUUAGCUUCGCAGAGAUUCGACCAAGGUAGGAUGGCAACGAUGAUGUAUGAUCGAGAAGAACUAGCCGACAUCUUACGUAUCAGAACCGAACAGUUGGCUUUAUUUGGAAUAUUACUCGGUACCUAUACGAAUACGAUCGAACAAGAAAAUCUAACAAAUUUUCAUCGUUCGAUAUGUCCUGUAUACUUCUCGACAUGGAGAAAUAUUCCUUACAACAUACUGAUGCCAGCUGUGGCUAAAUACAUUCGCGAAUUACCCGAUAAACCCAUCGAUGAAAUACUAAAACUCAUUUGUGUGGAAAUAUUCGGUGAUGAGUCAUCAUUGAACUCGAUCGAGCGUUCCUAUUAUAGUUACGUGUUUCAAGAAACCUCCGCGACUGCAAAUCCCACGACUAAAUGGUCCCAGAUAUUGCUAGAAGCUGAAUAUCGACACAGGAAUUUUAUUGUACCUUCGUUCAUCUGGGGUGUUGUAAAUGAUCAAGUGUUUGAAUUGAGUGCAACUUUCGAAGAUCUGAGAAGAGCUUCCGGUGAUAAUGGACCGAAUAAUCAGGAUGUAAUUAUACCUAGCUCUACGGUUACUCGUUUAUUACGUCGAAGAAUUUAUGGCAUUUUGCUGCUCGAGUAUAAGCAUUUGGAUGAUGUGGAGGUGACGGAAUGGUGCGGUGAAAAUAUCGACAGUUACAAUGAACCAGUGCUAGUCAAACCUGUUGCACCUAUUGUUCCUCAUCCGGGAUUGCUUCAAUUAUGGAGCAGUAAUGAUGACGGUAGACUUAACGAAAUGAAAUGGAAACUGUUCCUAUCGUGUAUUUCACCAAAUAUUACGACUACUGGUGUUGAAAAAUGGCGCACGUUGCCCGACGAUUUAGUACCUAUUUCAGCGACUCUAUUUUACCUGCUGGAAGAAAAGUUCAUGAAUGAAGACGAAAUUAACGCUGUGAUAGCCACCGUAGCCACUCAUUCGUUGUACGACAGGAAAGAAUUGAAUAAUAUUAUUGGACGUUAUCAUCCUAGACGUACUCAUAUGAGUGUAGUUAUUACCAGAACUUACAGCAUGGUUAUCUCGUUGAUGGGUGCUUGCGGAUACCCGGUACCUAUUUCCGAUAAGCUGAUUUGUAUGAAAUUCGAAGCGAAACUUUUUCAAAUCAAGUACAAGGAAAUGAAACGCAACAAGUCCAUCGAAGAGCUUUGCGAUAACAACGAUAUGUGUAUGAAUAUAUUUAACCAGAUGAAAGGAGUUCUUCGACGAGCUAUUGGUGAUGAUUUCGAAAGACAACGCACAAGUCGACGUGGAGUACGAUCAGAAUGGAGCAAUUUAGAAGGUAAAUUUGUUAGAAUGAGAGCAUCGUGAAUGGAUAAAAGAAGCUAAUAACUUUCUGCUGUACUGUUCUUGUAUCGUGAUUCGCCUUAUUUUAUCGUAUUUUCUACGUUUUUAAUCAACUUUUACUUUUAUUGGAUAAGUAAGUUUUAACCAGUGAUUUUACAUUUCUUACCAUAUUAUUUUUUCGUUGACAACGUUCCUUGUGGAACAAAUGAUUGUUUAGUUAUAAGUUUUUUUUUCGUAGUGGUUAUUUUUUGCCAUGUAGGAAAAUUUUAACCAGAUUUUUGUUUUUAAUAUUUGGACAGAAAUGAUUUAUUGUACGCAUUAAAGGUUGAUAUGCAUACAA